GCGUGUCUUUGUCUCGUCUCCAGCUCGCACGCCAAAAGCAGCCAAGAUGUGUUGCUCGGGGCUACUGAAGAUCAUCAUGUUCAUCGUCAAUGGCGCCAUCUUUCUGGUGGGCGCUGCCAUCCUGGGCGUGGGCAUAUGGGUGCUGGUGGACUCGAGCUCCCUGCUGGGCUUCCUGGACCACAUCGAGGACGCGCCCCCGGAGCUGGCCCAGCUGGCCAACGUGGGCUACCUGCUCAUGGGGCUGGGCGUCGUGCUCACACUCAUGGGCUUCCUGGGCUGCUGCGGAGCCGCCCAGGAGAGCCGCUGCAUGCUGCUCACCUUCUUCAUCAUUAUCCUCAUCAUCUUCAUCGCUGAGGUGGCUGGAGCCAUAGUGCUUCUUGUGUUCCAGCCCUUGGUGGACAAACUUCUCACUCAGGUUGGAGGUAAGGUAGUUAAGAGCAUCGAGAAAGACUACGGGAACAGCGACGGCCUCACAACCUUCUGGAACACCACCAUGGAGGAGUUGAAGUGCUGUGGGUACUACAACUAUACAGACUUUGAGAAGUCCCCGUUUGUCAACCAGAUAAGCAGAUACCCGAUUUGGUGCUGUAAGGAUGACGUGGACUGUACUGCUGCUGCUGCUGCCAGAGCCGACAUUGACGGCUGCUUCCCAAAGCUGGUGGACCUGAUCGAGGAUAACGCUGCCGCUGUGGGAGCCGUGGCUCUGGGCGUCUGUGCGGUGGAGGUUGCUGCCAUGGUUGUCGCCAUGAUUUUGUACAAGAAGGCAGGCAAGAAGGCAGGCAAUAAAUAGCACCGCCAGCCAGGUCAAGACCCACCUGCAUCAGCCAAUCAGAAUCGCCCACCUGCAUCAGCCAAUCAGAAUCGCCUGGGUUUGGCCUGACAGCCAAUCGUUCUUCACCCCACCCUGAUCACACACUCACGCUUCUGUCCCCCAGAGAGUGGCCGACUCUAUUAAACAUCUGGAAUCUCACAUU